AUGAGCUAUCUGGCGCAAUUUGCCCAGUUGUUGACCAAUGCUCCUACAGGUCCCUCUUCGCAGUCAUACCCAACAAGUCACUCGCCUACUAGCCCGACUUCCUCCACGUCGAGUCUCGCUUCGUCGUCAUUCCCAGCUUGCGUGUUGACGUCCUCCACUUCCAGUUCCGUUCACAUCGGCGCCGCCUCCUCGAAGAAUCCCUCAUCUGCAACACCAUCGCCUGGUCAUCAUGAUCGUUCUAGCAAUCAGCCUACUUCGAAGGUAAAUUCAGGCGCAAUCGCGGGUGGUGUCGUCGGAGCAUUCAUCUUCCUCUGUCUCGUCGCCGUGGGCGCACUGUGCAUAAUUCGCCGUCGUCGCAAAUCGCGUCAACCGCCUUCCGCCGAGUUCAUGCACAUCGCCCGUGGGCAAAGCGAGCUAGGGUUUGUACCCACGGACGGGAAGACCACGCCGAGCCUCGCGCGUCUCAUCCCUCUCGCACGCCAGAGCUCGCUCGAAGACGAUGAGCGACCACCUGCGUUUACCCCUGGGAGCUAUGGAGAUCCUGUGCUGGAGAAAGUCCAGGCGUCGGCCGAGCUGCGGGAGAAAUAUGGCGGGACGAGCGAGGAAGGCGGACAUCAGUGA